ACGCGGACGUCCGAGUCGUCCGUCGAUGAAGCGUUUCGGCGGUGUGUUAACGUAUGGGCAGCAUAGUUCAUAUAAUUUUGAAGUAGUAUGCCAGAAAACACGCAUUCCCGAGCAGGAGUUUCCUGUAGGAGGGAGCCUUGGGUACCCGGCGGUGAACCAUCGGUUCUAGCACGACACGAGGUCGCGGCGGGACACGAGUCCCCCCGAAGCGUUGCGCGAGAACGGCCGAACCGUGACGAAAGCGCACGAGGCCGCGACUACGGGGGUGGGGACUCGCUGACGCUCAGUAGCUUCGCUCAGUCGAGCCAGCGCCGUGAUCGGAGUUGGAAUAGUGACUGGGCCGGACUGGUGUCCCGAGCAGGCGUACAAGCUCCCUGCGGUUCUAGUCGUUCUUCAAUCACGCGCGCCACGAAUCAAUUUGCUCGACUGGCGAGGUCGUGCAUUCGAAUACGGUGUCGCUUCUUCUCCCGUUAGCGCUGGUACGCCUCUGCUAUAACCGUUCGAGCACGUUCGUCGAUUCUCGGUUCCGUCGUUGCCGUGUUCGACCGUCGCCCCGUAAUUGACUGUCGCGUACACCUAUUCUUUUCGCGAGGCCGACACGGACCCAACGGGAGUGAAAAUGCGGUAGUGACAGUGUGAUUGCAUCGAAGACAGGGGUAAGAAGGGAAUCCCUUUUGGGUAAGGUUUUGUAGGCGCGAGGACGCCACGAGUUUACUCGAGGAGAAUCGAAGUGAACGGGGAAAAAAGAUAUCAGGGAGAGAGGCUCCUCGAAGCCAGGCCCCGGAAGUUAUGACGAGAUCGUGUGUUCGAGGACGAGGAAUAUACGUGCAUGUGUCCAGUGGGAUAUAGUGCCGGCGAUAAAGCAUUCUUUCCAGAUUUGGAUACCUCGCUCUCGACACCUACGGGACCUGGAUUAUCUCAUGUCAGGAUGGCGCUGGCGCGAAGGACGAGUCCUUGUAUCUCGUAAUCUCUAUCGAGCCGAAAUGUUGGAAGUUUGAUAUAUGCACGAAAGAAUGUUUGCGUACCAAAACUUGAUCGCUUAUAAGGAAGACGUACAGGAACGAAAUGUCGCAAUUCGACCGAAAUAUUCAUUCCAACUUGCGGUGAGCGACUGUGCGCCUCAAACGUCGCGGGUCAGCUCAAACUUGCACAGCAGCAGUAGUAUGGCAGUAAGCCGUGUACCAAGCCCUCCACCACCGGAAGUGAACACCCCCGUUGCCGAGAAUUGGUGUUACACGCAGGUCUUAUGUGCACAGGUGAAGGUGGUUAAGUUCAGCUACAUGUGGACGAUAAAUAACUUCAGCUUUUGCCGGGAGGAAAUGGGAGAAGUGUUAAAGUCGUCCACUUUCUCAGCAGGGGCCAACGAUAAAUUAAAAUGGUGCCUAAGAGUGAAUCCUAAAGGUCUGGACGAGGAGAGCAAAGACUACCUGUCUCUGUAUCUCCUUCUCGUUUCGUGCAACAAAUCCGAAGUCAGAGCAAAGUUCAAAUUUUCUAUUCUUAAUGCCAAAAGAGAAGAAACCAAAGCAAUGGAGAGCCAACGUGCUUACAGGUUCGUCCAAGGUAAAGAUUGGGGCUUCAAGAAGUUCAUCAGGAGAGACUUCCUCUUGGACGAGGCGAACGGACUCCUGCCCGACGAUAAACUCACGAUAUUCUGUGAGGUAUAUACCUUUGUCAGCGUGGUGGCGGACAGCGUGAACAUUUCUGGACAGAGCAACACUAUACAAUUCAAAGUCCCGGAAUGCCGGCUGCCCGACGACCUGGGGUUACUAUUCGAAAACCAAAAAUUCAGCGACGUCACGCUAACGGUCUGCGGGAGGGAAUUUCAGGCGCACAAAGCCAUACUUGCGGCACGAAGUCCGGUCUUCUCGGCGAUGUUCGAGCACGAGAUGGAGGAGAGGAAACAGAACCGCGUGGACAUCACCGACGUGGACCACGAGGUUUUAAGGGAAAUGCUGCGAUUCAUUUACACGGGAAAGGCGGCGAAUCUGGAAAAAAUGGCGGACGAUUUGCUGGCGGCGGCGGAUAAAUACGCGUUAGAGAGGCUGAAGGUAAUGUGCGAGGAAGCACUGUGCACGAGUUUAGCCAUCGAGAACGCAGCCGAUAUCCUCAUUCUUGCUGAUCUUCAUAGCGCUGAUCAACUCAAGGCGCAAGCCAUAGACUUCAUUAAUACACACGCGACAGACGUGAUGGACACGGCAGGUUUCAAGUCGAUGGUGAACUCUCAUCCGCAUCUCAUAGCGGAAGCGUUUCGAGCAUUGGCCACCCAACAGAUACCACCUAUCGGACCGCCCAGGAAACGAGUGAAACAGAGCUGAAAACAGUCACCGUUAACUCCGGGCACGACCUCCACAUCGCCCCCGCCUAUUUUGCAUCCCUCAUGACUUUUUGUGUACAGUGAUACGAGUAGUGUUUUAAAUAAAUGUUUCCUAGUGCGCCAUCCUCUGGUCCACUCGAAAGGAACUGCGUCGAAGGGACUAUCUCAUGGUUUUCAUGCUGGUGUUAGUGGUUCACGGGGAAGGGCAACCGGUUCGGCCAGUUCGGAGCAAGAAGAAAGCAUAGAUUGUGCUCAGGGAGAGAGAUUCUCUUGUAAUUCAGUGAGUCGUCGACAUUGGAGGAGAAGUGUCUGUCACAGAACGUAGUGGGGAACACGACGAGUGUGAGGGGAAAAAUUAAGAUGAUAACGAUAAUGAAUUGUUGGAACCAGGGUUUGGACAACGGGACACGACAUGGUACUCUUUUUGCAUUGUGCGUGUGUUUUCAUUCUACAAUGCCACUGAAUUGUCAGCGAUUUGUCAAUGCGCAUCGUUAGGGUCACUCAUGGAUUUGCUUUCGUUUCUACCACAAGAGGAUAAUCUGGAAUCGCUAAACCAUCCGUAUUGAAAGAUAUAAAAGCAGCCAGUGGACCAAGGCGAGAUUGAAACUCGCUGAAAUUGCUACAACAUACAUAUUACACGUACACGAAGCGCAUACACACAGAUAUACACGUACAUAAACACACAGAGAGAGACACAAUGCACGAAGGAAGUUGUGAUAGACGUCGGCCAGACGAUUAAAACAUUUUGUUCCUUUGUCGAAAAAGAAAAAAAAAAAUGAAACGGAUCAAACGAUGUCCCACGCUUGUUCGUUGUGCAACGAGCAAGAGAAAAGUUAGAUACUAUGUUUACUACCGAUAGUGAUUUUUAGUUAUAUAAAAACAAGGAAAUGAUGAACGUCAAACUCUUCCGGAAUGGAGAAAAUGAUUCUAGUUAGUGUUUUUUAUGAUCUCUUUCUCUCAACAUGUACGACUACUACUAUGAUUACUAUUAAUGCUACGCAAUCUGUGCCCCGUAUUUUUGUAUAUUUUUUGUCUGCAGAUACCGCCCUACGUCCCCCUCCCUCUAAUGCGGCCUUUUUCUCUCCCCCCCCCCCCUUUAUCACUAGGCACAGUUUGUUUUGUUUUCUCGAGUAUUGCAUAGUAGAAGAAGUGAUAGAUUCGAAUUAUUAUUAUUAUUAUUAUUAUUAUUAUAUUAUUAUUAUUGUAUUAAAUUUAGGGUUGUCCAUAAUUUAUCGAAUUUUAUGUUGAUUAUUAUUGAAAUGUCUAUCGUACUUGUGCGCAGGAUACAUGUAUUAAUUAGAGAUGUUACGAGAGCCGCAUUAAAUGAGUCGAUGGCACGUUAUUAGAAAGAAAAUAAUGGGGCGAAUCACGAAAAUGAGAACAAACAAAAAAAAAACGAGAGAUGAUGGAUGAAUCUAAGAAGUUGUAUAAAUAAAAGUUAGUCAAUUAUAUAGAACGAAAAAAUAUUAAUCGUUUUUUAUGUAAUUAAUUAAUGAAUUGCGAAUUCGUGUGGUCAAUGAUCUGAAUUAUGGGCAACCAAGAAGGCAAACAAUAAUCAUCAUUUAGUACUGUACUGGCUUCCUGAUCCUGCGACCUAGCUUUACCGAAUGUUUUAAAUAUGAGAAAUACCAUACCAUUACAGGAGUAAUGAUAUUGACGAUUUAAUGCCAUACAUGUUCUGUGAUAAGACCACUGUAAUUACCGCAAUUGUAUCACAACCUUUCUAGAACUUCUGACGAUCCUGGCAGCCAGUGAAUUUAUCUUUUAAGAAACGGUCGCUAAUCCGGACAGUCCCAAAUCUAGCGUCCCUUUCGAUUUUAAGAUUUUUACUGUACAUAUCUACUGUAUUUUAUAAGAACUGAACCGAAUGGAACCAUACUUUUAUGAAGGGUACAAUAACCAACUAUAAUUUAUUCUAUUUUACAGACUGUGCUAAACUCAUGUUCCUUGAAACACUAGCAAUGCUUUAAGUAAAUGUAAUAUGUAAUAACAGACAAAUUAAUACGAUUAGAACGUAUUUGUGUCCACUGAUCUCGACACGUUACGUGCAUUUCGUCGUUACCACGGCGCGAAUGUGUUUCUAUCGAGAUUAAGUGAUAAAGGAAACAACAACAAAAAAAUGGAUCCUAUGAGAAACAUAGUUAGGGAACGAUUUUCCACCGUUUUUUACACGAUGUUUAUUUCAGUCAUAGAUCGUUAGAGCUUAAUCGAAACGAUAGAAUACGUGGGGGAAAAUAAAUAGCAAAAAAUAAAUGUAAGCGAUUUAAGGAACAGAUUUUGGCCGUGCUCGCUCAGAUUUUAAAAUUUGAACAGAUGAAGAAACAAAAAAAAGAAAAGAAAAUCUACGUCCAUUCUACCCAUUCUAUCUUUGGGACUGUGCGGCGAAUAUCUCAUGAAACUCGUAAUGUUGAAUGUCUUUUUCCUAAAAAAAAAAAAAGAAAAAAAGUCGAAACUAAUAUUAAUCUGUACGACAGUUCGAAAAAAUAUUAGAUGCAAUUCUUUGAACCAAUUUGCAUGAGCGUAUGACUGGAUAAUUUGAUAAACUAAGUACAAGUAAGACAAGUGUUACCUCAUCAUGAAAAUCAGCAUGUUCGUGUCGCGCUAGCUACUACUGCGUUGCUGUCUGAUACACACUUCCGUUGUAUAUUGCAUUUAAACUCGAAAGCUUUUUGUAACGAAUAGUUCAGCAGUGGUAGCUUCUCGAAGUACACGGCUGCUGUUCAUCGAACCCAGCUCAUACAAACGUUCAUUUUUCCAUUUACUUUAAGUCAUUGCACCACAUCAAAUAAAUGACAUUUUCAUUAUAUAA